ACUGCGGGCUGAGGGCUGCCCGCGGGCGAUUGGAAUGCCCAGUCACGGAGGAGCAGCCUCCGCCCGCCACCCUGGUCUUCCGCUGUCCACGCGUCGGAGCUGGAGUCAGAGCGAGCAGGCAACGACCCGAGAGCCGCGGCUCCGGAAUUCGAGGGCCGCGCAUGGACGCUCCCGGGGACCCCGAGGGCUCACGUGCCCCAGGAGGUGAUGACCCUACAGAAAGUGCAAGAGAGGCACCCAACCGGCUUUCGAGAGAACAGAUUUUUGCACUGAUAUCAGCAGCUUCCAUUAACUUAGGCUCUAUGAUGUACUAUUCUAUCCUUGGACCCUUUUUCCCCAAGGAGGCUGAAAAGAAAGGAGCCAGCAAUACAGUUAUUGGUAUGAUCUUUGGAUGUUAUGCUUUGUUUGAAUUGCUAGCCUCUUUGUUAUUUGGAAAAUAUCUUGUACAUAUUGGAGCGAAAUUUAUGUUUGUAGCAGGAAUGUUUGUCUCAGGAGGAGUUACAGUUCUCUUUGGUGUGUUGGACCAAGUUCCAGAAGGACCAAUAUACAUUGCUCUGUGUUUUCUAGUGAGAAUAAUAGAUGCAAUAAGCUUUGCCGCAGCAAUAACUGCAUCUUCUUCUAUCCUCACAAAGACUUUCCCAAAUAAUGUAGCUACAGUACUGGGAAGUCUUGAGAUUUUUUCUGGACUGGGACUGGUGCUAGGGCCUCCUUUAGGUGGCUUCUUGUAUCAGUCCUUCGGCUAUGAGGUGCCUUUCAUUUCUCUGGGGUGCAUAAUUUUGCUGAUGGUACCACUCAACAUGUACAUCUUACCUAAUUAUGAGUCAGAUCCAAGUGAACACUCGUUCUGGAAACUCAUCAGUUUGCCCAAGGUCGCCCUUAUAUCCUUCGUCAUCAACUCGCUCAGCGCGUGUUUCGGCUUCCUUGAUCCUACCCUGUCUCUCUUUGUUCUGAAGAAGUUUAAUUUACCAGCUGGAUAUGUGGGACUGGUAUUCCUGGGUUUGGCACUGUCCUACGCCAUUUCUUCACCACUCUUUGGUCUACUAAGUGAUAAAAUGCCACAUUUAAGGAAAUGGUUCCUGGUUUUUGGAAACUUAAUCACAGCAGGGUGCUACAUGCUGUUAGGACCUGUCCCAGUCUUGCCCAUUAAAAGUCAGCUGUGGCUCCUGGUGCUGGUAUUGGUUAUAAAUGGUGUCUCUGCCGGAAUGAGCGUAAUCCCAACUUUCCCAGAGAUUCUCAGUUGUGCCUAUGAAAAUGGAUUUGAAGAAGGGUUAAGUACGCUGGCACUCGUGUCAGGCCUCUUCGGUGCAAUGUGGUCAGUUGGUGCCUUUGUAGGACCAACACUGGGUGGAUUGUUGUACGAGAAAAUUGGUUUUGAAUGGGCAGCAGCUGUGCAAGGUCUGUGGGCUCUGACCAGUGGAUUAGUGAUGGGCUUGUUUUACCUGUUGGAGUACUCAAGGAGAAGAAGGAGAUCAAAACUUCAGAAUACCCUUGGUACAGAGGAGGAACGAAGCACUCUUUUGCCUGAUGAAAACCAGCCUUGAGAAUUUUGGAUUGAUGCAAGGUUGGCAGAUGGAUGUGCCUGACCUUGAACAUGAAAGUCGGAAAGUCUGAAAGGGUUUCUUGAUUUUACGCACAGAGCUCCAUGAACACUAUCCUGGAAGUGAAUGAUCUAUGGCAUCCUGGAAGUGAACGCGUAUUUUUGGGUGACCCGUGAUGGGGUGCACAUUACUGUUGUCCUGCGAGGCAGGCCUGCAGAACCAGCCACAUUUGAAGCAUUAUGUAUGAAAAGAGUAGUUGAAAACCAACAAAACUUUGCCUUUUUAAGUGACCAAACUUGGGCUUGAAGAUGGUUUUGGACUCUAGGUCUCCUGUUUUCCUCUGUUUACUUUUUAUACUUGAUGCACUGAUUCUGUGCCUGUACCUUUUUGUAUUAACAAGGAAACAAAUGAUGUGCUUAAGAGAAAGAGAUGACAUGCUUACAGAUAAUAUAAAUAUAUGUAGAAAACUCAAUAUAUGUAGAAAAAUUACUAUGAAAUCAGUUUUUAAAAGAUAUACUUUAUCUGUGUCCUGCGAGUUUUGUUUUUGUUCAAAGGCAAAAUCCCUGCCUACCAUGCAAAAAGCUCUAACAUUCCCUGGCCCUCGGCUCUUCUAAAAAUUUUGUGUGUAAGAUAGCAUAGCAUUACUUGAGACUUCCAUUUUUGCAACAUAUUUUCAAGUAUGAUCUGAAUUUAUAAACAAUGCUUGGUAUAACAUUCACUUCCCAUAAUCUCUGUUUCAUGCCAUGGUCCGGCCGCAGCUGGGCCCAGGGGUUCCUGAAAGGUGGGUAAGGCGUUGGCGAUGGGAGACAGACAACAACACGCCUCAAAGGAUGGUGAUGCUCUGUUCCGUUUAUUGCAAGUACAAGCAGAUUUUUAUACUUUUAUUUUUGGUAGUGAUUAACAUUUGCGAUUAGGUAAAGCAGAAAAAAAAUAAUACAAAGGUAACCAGGAAAAGUACAAAAGUUUCCAAAGAUUCAGUUAUAUUAAACAAAGAUUGUUUUGACCAGGAGAGCCAUAAAUCAGACAAUUAGAAAUAGCUGUACGUACAGAGUUUGAAUGUCUUAUUUAUUAAAAUUCUCAGAAUUUGUCAUGGGGCAAAAGGAUAUGCUAGAUUGAAUAGAGGUUAUAGGAAAUUUAUUAUAAGGCCUUUGCAAUGUCUAACUUAGCUAUUUACCUUUUCUAUCUAAAAUGUUUCUCUAUGAACAAUGGACUCUGACUCCCUGGU